CAUCGUCCUUCCUCCAUCCCAUCCGCCUUUCGUUGCAGCACCAUCGUCCAGACAACUCGACCGCGAGUACGCGGCCAUGGACCACAACCUCCUCGUUUCGGAGCUCCAGUCGCUCGUUGUCGAGAGCAAGCGACGGAACCCCGAGGUCAAGGAAGCCGGUGAAGCAGCGCUCGAGAUCCUGCGACAUGGUCCGCAGCCGCGCGAGCUGCUCGCUUCGCGCGCGGAAACGCUCCUCGCGCCCGUGACGCUGGGGUGUAGGACGAAGAAUGCCAAGAUUGUCGGCAUCAGCAUUGCAGCGCUGCAGCGUCUUGUUGCGCUCGGCGGUGUGCCGCUCGCCUCCCUGCCAGACGUGCUGGCCACACUUGGCAGUGUCGCAGGACAAGCGGUCGACAUCCAGCUCAAGAUACUGCAGACGCUCCUCUCCAUUUUGACGUACUGCAAGGACAUGCACGGCGACACGCUCGGCACUGCCCUCCUACUUUGCUUCAAGUUGCAAGACUCGCGAGUCAGCGUAGUCUCGUCGACUGCUGCCGCAACAUUGCGACAAGCGAUCAUGGUCGUAUUCGACCGCGUCGCAGCUACCGACGAUGCAGGCGCAGCGGCAACCCUUCCCCUCACCCUCACCACUCCUAAGCAGGUAUCACCCAAAUCCCCCAAGGCUAAGACCCCGCCCAAGUCGCCACCAAACAAAUCGCCCUCGCCUGUGCACGAGGCCGUCGAGUUGACUGUGACGCCCGCCGCCAUGGAUGCGUUCUGCAUACUCUCUGAUCUCUGCCUCCUCACCGCAGGGUACCAAGGAUCGUCGAGCCUUAGCUUGUGGAGCACCGGCGACAAGGCCAAGCCCCGUAUGCUUAAGCUGUCCGCGCUAUCGCGCACGUUCGGGCUGGAGCUCAUCGAGUCCAUCCUCAGUGGGUAUGAGGGCGUCGUCAAGGCCCAUCCCGAACUGCUCCACCUUCUGCGGCAUUCACUCCAUCCCCUUAUCUUGCGUCUGCAGAGCGAGCGCCCAUCGUUCGCGGUAGCGCUUCGCAUUUGCCGGCUCCUUUACGUUCUUAUUCGGAGCUACGCGGACCAGCUCCCUCUGGAGGUCGAGAGCUACCUGCUUUGGCUCAUCCGGAUGGGCGCCGGCGACGAGGACGAGCGGAAGGAGCAUCGUCGAGAUGCGCCGCCCUGGUUGCACGUGCUCGCUCUCGAGAUUCUACGUGGCAUCUGCGGCGAUCCUGCGUUGCUACGCGCCAUCUGGGCACAGUAUGACCAACCCAACGGGCCAAAGCUAUUCGCAAAGCUCGUCUCUGCGUUGGGCCGACUAAUCAACGAGAAGCCGGCCCUUCUGGGUGUCGGUGUGCAGAUGCACGGCCACGGAAUUCCGGCGAGCUCGACGGACAACAUUAAUGCCAGCUACUUCGACAUGGGCCUGGGCAUGAUGGCCAGCGCGGCCAGCGUGGGCGUGUCGGCCGUGGGCAACCUCGUCGCGAGUGGCGGCGGUGGGUUGGGACCUCACUCGGCAAUGAAGCAACGCCUCGUGGAGCAGCAUGACAAGGCUGAGGCGCCGCCUGUGCCAGAGACAUACGUGUACCUCCUGGGUGUCCAGUCCCUAUGCGCCAUUGCUGAGAGCAUCUCCACCGCGUCAGCAGCGGAGGACACUGCAGAGGCAGCGAAGGGCAUGGCUGAGUCGGCAUGGCCGGCUCUCCUUGCUGCGCUCUCAUACUGCAUUGUCACCGACCUAUCCGACGGCGUCUUCGCGGAAGUUCUCACAGCAUUGCAGGACUUCACCGUUGCAUGCGGCACGUUGGGAUUGUCGACACCGAGAGACGCGUUUCUCAAUACACUCGCCAAAUACGCAGCGCCACCACCCGUCGUCUCAGCAAUGCAGCAUUACCUCGAGUCUGGGGCACCCAGCAAGGGCAGCGCUGCGGACUCGCUUGGGCUCACCGCUUUGACUGGACAAGUGUCCGGCCCCCCCAGUCUGUCGGAGCGUAACCUCGCAUGCUUGCGAAGCCUCAUUUCCGUCGCGCAGACACUUGGUGGCAGCAUUGGACCGGCAUGGCAUGACGUGCUGGAGACACUGCAGAAUGCGAACUACCUCAUCGCUUCCGUACCGCGUGGCACACAACAACGGCGCCCAACGCCAUCGACACCGCAGAGCCCUUCAGGCCGAUCAUCAGGCGAGUUCACCGGGCCUCGUCCCGAAAUGUUGCAGGACCUCGACAACGAUCACAUCCAAGCGGCUGUCAACAUGCUGUUUGAGCAGUCGCGCGAUCUGGACGACGAGGCAUUUAGCACAUUCGUCACUGCACUGUGCCGACUAAGCGCCGAGAUGAUCGGUAUGGACUCUGUGGUCGACCUGAGCACGCCGCCGGCCUCUGGGCUCAGCCCCGUCCUAUCAUCGGUUGAUGGACGACGGAGGACGAGCGGGCUGUAUGUCUCUGGGACUAUGAAGUCAGGCGAGCGGUCUUUUGGCCUCGCCAAGCUUCGCACCGUUGCCGUGCUCAACCUACAGCGCUUGGUCAAUCGCGACCCGGGUGUGGGGUGGAGUGUGGUAACGCAGCACCUCCUUGGCGUGGCGAGGCAUAUUACCGCGCCGACAACAAUCCGCAUCCAGGCGUCAGACACGCUCGGCGAGCUACUCCUCGCAUCCCUCCGAAUCACUGCAGAGCCGCGCGUCCAGCACCAGGUCUUCGACGUGCUGGUUCGCCAGGUCGAUGUUAAUCCUGUCAGCAGCACAGUCGCUACCGAUUACGAUGUCCGCUCCUCUGGUUACCAAACCCUGAACCAGAUACUGGAGUCGUCAGGCCACAGCCUUGAGGUCGGUUGGCCUACGAUCUUCGGCAUGCUCAACGACGUUUGCAAGCGACCUGAGAGUGGGCGGGCCACUCCUCCGACCGCAGCCCACCGCGGCGACGCAAACCUUGUGCGCAUAGCGUUCCCCUCGCUCCAACUUAUCUGCACAGACUUCCUCUCGUCGCUUGACAACGCCGCGAUGCGACAGUGCAUCUCGUGUCUCGGCUGCUUCGGCCAGCAGCAGGACGACGUCAACAUCACACUCGCAGCCAUUGGCCUUCUGUGGAGCGUCUCGGACGCGGUGCAGGCCGACUCGAAAGAUUUGUGGUUCUUCCUUCUGCUCGAGCUUUUGGAACUCGCCCGUGAUCCACGUCUCGAGGUGCGGAGCAGCGCGAUGCAGACGCUCUUUCGCUGCAUCGAAUUAUACGGAUCCACCCUCGUUCCGCAGCUGUGGGAAGAUGUGUUCUGGAAGGUCAUCUUCCCCCUGUUGGAGGACAUGCGUGGCGAUGAGAGCCAAGUGCUGGCCCUCACGUCGGUGGGAUCCAUCUUCGGCUCAUUCCUCUCGCAGAUUCACGCUCUGCCCUCCGCCACCGCUAUCUUCCAGCACCUUCUGGACCGACUCGAGCGGUCAUUCGUGUCGGAGCCGCGGAACUGCAGUACGGCGGCGCUCAAGACGCUCGAACGCGUGCUCACCGCCAGUACCAAGGGCUCUCCAGUCCUUGAGCUGACCUGGAAGACGUUCGUGAGAAUGGGCGACUCGCUGUCAGAGGGCGACCCAUACACGCAGGAGAAUUUGGUUGCGCUCGUUCGGGUGUCUCGACUACUGCGCGACCGACUUGAAUGGUCGGAGGGUGACCCGCGUGCAAGGCAGCUCUCGAAUAUACUCCGCGCAGCGGUGGAGUAUGGGCGAUCACCAGACUAUCGCGCCGACGUGGACAGCAUGCCCCCGUUGCAGUCUUCAGUGGUGGACCUUGUGGCCAGCUCAAGUGCGUUUGGGCCGAGUCUCGUGCUCUCCGACCUGGCGAAAUUCGCUGGCCUCCCAUUUGGCGCGGAAGGAAAGCAGUCUUUCGUUGCGCUGUGCAAGUUCUGCCUUCCAGCCAUGGCGGAUGUCUUUGAGAAGCACGACGUGACAUCCCUCUACACGGAGGGGACAGUUGAGGCCGUUCUCAGCGCGUACGCAGCACCCAUUAAGCUCAAGUACGAGUGCCCACCCGCCAAUCGUUAUGGCGACGAUCCACCUCUGUGGCGCACGGCCAUCACGUGCUUUGUGCGUGUGUUGCAGCGCGCGAUGCCGCGCCUCGAGUCACUGGAACUGCCACCAGAGCGGUACGAAGCUUUGUGGGAGCGCAUCAUGGAUGUGUAUGCCGGCAUGUUGCUUGCCGAUGAUGGGGAAGUUCCCACAUCUGCGGCGAGCGCAAAUCGUGCAGACGACGACGAGACGUUCGUGCUCCCCGCCCUCACAGCCGUGCGCGACGCCGUCGCUCCGCGCUUGGUCGAUGCACGGGUCCCUAGAACGAUUGUGGAGGCGUACGCGGAGACGCUCCGAAAGGCGAGCGUGCUGUAUCACUAUGAUGUGCGUGUACCGGGUGGUACGACAGCCCCAGUGAUUGCGGAGGCCAAGGAGGCGACAAGAUACUGGGCUCUAGAGCAGCUCAUAACGAACGCUGGUCGACCUAGGAGGCGCGACCGUCCGGCCGACAACGGGAUGGCAGAAGAUGACGACGGUGCAAAAGGCAGAGGUGAUGGCGCAGAGGACAACGCGCGGCGCGUCGCGGCCUACUUUGUUCCUUCGGUGCUCAAGCGCUUCGAGAGCACGUUGCGGCAUUUCCUGAGCGACGCCAAGCUUCGCGGACAAAUGCCUUUCACACGUGUGCGUGAAGACGAGAUUCUCUUUGUUCUGCGACACAUUGUGACGCUGCGUCUGUGGCCGGACAUGGCCAACGGUGCGCUGACGCCGACAACGCGCGCUGCGGCCUCUCCCCGCGCUCAUCUGUUCCGGUACUACCCGCUGCUGCUUGAGCUCGCAUUCGUGCCCGCCCACCUGCCGAGCAUGUGGAUCCUGCCGUCCGAGCACCGCGUGCUGUUCGAGGACGAGUUUGAGGAGGGAGAGGAGGGGAGUGAAACGGACGCGGGUGACGGGUCCGACCUCAUCCAGGUGAGCGUGCGGGAUCUUGCGCGACGUGCGCUCGAGCUGGUUGGCCUUGAGCUGGGUCUCGGGGCCGGGAUGUAGGAAAACAUAGGUUAGAUGCAGCGGGACAUGAUCCCGGAUGAGGAUGAAGUCGGUGACAAGGGCUUACCUGUCGCUGCAUAUCGC